AUCUUCACGAUAGAGUGAGUCGGUAUUCGAUAUUGUAAAUCAAGGUCACCUUCGUUUGAUAAAAUUGCAAAUCUUUUGUGUAAUAUAUUGUUGUCGUUUGUACUCAUUUGAUAUCAGGAGUACAAAUUUAAUUUCAGGUAAAAAUUGAAAUGUAUUAACUUAAUCAAGAUGGAGGUUGUCUACAAUGAAGACGAUUAUAUUGUUAACGAUGCAAUGAAGGAUGCUUAUUUGAAACAUGGAUAUAUUAUCGUAAGAAAACUGUUUUCAUUGGAAGAAGUUGAACAGAUCAUAAAAAAUUAUGAAGAAGGCGAAGCGUACCACAAAUACGAAUUUCAAGUAAAGGACAGUGAUGGAAACCAUAGCGUCCAAACCACGUGGAAUUUCCCAGGGAACGAUGUUUUUGGUAUGGCUGUAAGGACUCAAAAAUUGGUUGAAACGUGUGCACAGCUCCUUGGAGGGGAAGUAUACCACUAUCAUUCUAAGAUUGUUAUUAAACAUCCUAAAACAGGGGGACAGAGAUGUUGGCACCAAGAUUACGGAUACUGGUACAACAAUUUUGUACCUUUUCCCGACUUGAUAACAGCCUUCAUUGCAAUCGACCCCAUCAACAAGGCAAACGGAUGCCUCCAGGUUUUGGACGGGUCACAUACUGCGGGCAGAAUCGAACACGCCUUGACAGGAGGUGAAAAAGGCGCUGACAUGGAAAGGGUUGAGCAACUUUUGAAAGUCUGCCCACUUAAAUAUAUUGAACAACAGCCGGGUGACGUUUUAUUUAUACAUAGUAACAUUCUGCAUAAAAGUGACACGAAUACCAGUAACGACAGGAGAAUGGCGUUCCUUCCGGUCUAUAACCGGAAGUCCAAUAGUCCUCUAAGAGAGGGCAUACAUCCCGGAUACACACCAUUAGAUGUGGUGUAUAAUGAUGCAGUUCUGGAUUGUGAAAACUAUACAGAUCUCAACGGCAAAGGAUUCCUUGAUAUAAGCGACCCUGAAUGUUUGAAGACUGUUCUAAACUUGGACUCAGCAGCGUCGUUGAAGGAAACACCAUACAAUACUUCCUGACAAUAGACAUAUAUACCUUUUGAUUAAUAAUGCUCGACUGCACUGCAUGUAUUCAUUUUCUCAUACCUCAGUGCACUGUGAAUAUCAAUUAUUACAAGUUCUUUGAUACCCAUUUUAUAGCUUGGACUACCUUUCUUUAUUAUUUUCUUGAUGUUCAGUGUAUAUAUUGUAUGUAUAGUUCUGGUGAUCAGUGAGUUGUUCUUUUACUCUAAAAAACUAAAAUAAAAUGUUCUUGUACUUAUUUUGCUAUAUUUUACAAAUCAUGGUCAAUGCAACAGGCCGAAUGUGACUUUGCUAAAUUUUCCUACCGUAAUUCAGAUUUUGUUUUAACAUUCAGUCAGUUCUGCGAUUUCAAAACCCGGUUUUUAUGGGGAUAUGGUUUACAAACUUCGUAAGAUUUUGGGUCAUGGUAAUUUUCCAACUAUAUUUGGUAAAAUUAUAAAACGUUUUACAAAAUGAGGUUAUGACCCAACUGUUUUGAUAUCCAUCGCAUGUUUAGUGUUCAAUCCUUUUACAGUUGGGCGCUACCAUUUCUUGACGGAAGACGGGAAGGACUCUAUGAUAGGCAGUUUUUAAAUCCUGAACUGUUUUUAUUGUCAGGACUGAACUGUUUUGAUUUUUGUUUUCUGACCUGACUCUUCGGGUCAUUAAGAAUGUUUCUUUUGAUGCUCUGUCUUCUGCAAAUGCAUUAAGUACAUAUGCGUAUUUGGUUCUUAAGUUCUGCAUUUUAUAAAAAUUUACAAGAGCA